CGUGAAGAAAACACGCUCUUUAUUGGUGGAGGUUUGUCAUCGAUGAUUCGAGAUGCAGAAUCAACAGCAUAAGUACGUUAAUAGCUGUUUCCUGUACCUUGUCGUUGAUCACCAUCACUAAUUUUUCUGAAUCAAAAACCCCUUUUUCCCGAAAAUUGAAAUUCGUCGUGUUUUGAGGGCUUUCAAAAUUCUUUCAUAAACCAAAUUGUCGAAAAAUUUGUAGAAGAAAAAUGGCCCAAGCUGUAGAGGAAUGGUACAAACAGAUGCCAAUCAUCACCCGCACCUAUCUGACAGCCGCUAUCGUCACCACAAUCGGUUGCUCUCUCGAUAUAAUAUCGCCCUUUAAUCUGUGCUUGCAUCCGACACUUGUGGUUAAGCAGUAUCAGUUCUGGCGCCUAAUCACUAAUUUUCUUUUCUUCCGGAAAAUGGAUUUGGACUUUUUGUUCCAUAUGUUCUUUCUUGCUCGAUACUGCAAGCUUCUUGAGGAGAACUCUUUCAGGGGAAGGACUGCAGAUUUCUUUUACAUGCUUUUGUUUGGAGCAACAUUUUUAACAGGCACUGUUCUUAUUGGGGGAAUGAUACCUUAUUUGUCAGAAUCAUUUGCAAAAAUCAUAUUCCUUAGCAAUUCAUUGACACUCAUGAUGGUGUAUGUGUGGAGCAAACAAAAUCCUUUCAUCCAUAUGAGUUUUUUGGGUUUGUUUACAUUUACCGCAGCUUAUCUACCAUGGGUGCUUUUGGGAUUCUCUGUCUUUGUUGGUGCUAGUGCUUGGGUGGAUCUGCUGGGAAUGAUUGCUGGUCAUGCCUACUAUUUUCUUGAAGAUGUGUAUCCACAAAUGACUGGUCGCCGACCAUUAAGAACUCCAUCCUUCAUCAAAGCAUUGUUUGCAGAUGAAGCUGUAGUGGUGGCACGCCCUGCAAAUGUGAGAUUCGCUCCACCACCUGCCGAGGAAGUUCACCAAGAUUAAGCGAGACCCUUGAAGGGAGGAGACUGGCAGAGUAUGUUUUGGUCAUAUUGGUUUAUUGCCCAUGGGAAUUGUGGGCCCUGCAGAAAGUUUCGUAGGGCCCAUGUCCGAAGAAUAUCAACCAGGAUAUGCUAAUUGUGGUCAUUGUGUCUUGAUUCAUUGAGAUUAACUUUGUAUAUGAAGUUGCUGGUGCUAGAUCAGUGACUGGAUUUAAGGUGAGUUUUGUAAUUUAUAUAGAGAUGACGGACUGCUUGUAGUUAGUAUACGGUGCUUCCUUGUGCAUUUGGUGUGACCGAAGCUUUAGCAAUUACAAAAAAAUAACACAAUGUUUUCCCUCUUUUUACUGCGAAA